AGUUUCACCUGAUCGAGUUACAUGGGAGCUGAUGCCUCAGAAAGGUGACGUUCCCACAGCGAGAGAGGGACACACUUUAUGUGUCGUUAAAGGAAAACUCUACUUGUUUGGAGGUUCCUCACACCCUGAAGCUGGAUAGUGUCUCCCAGGCGUCUACUGCUUUGACAUCGUGACGUUGAUGUGGGAGAAGCUGCAGACUGCAGGAGUGUGUCUGCGGACUCUGAGACACAGCGCAGCGGCUCUGGGAGACAACAUCUAUGUGUUCGGAGGGAUUCUGGACAGCGUCUCUACAGAUGACCUCAUGAUGUUCAACACCGUGUCAUUGAACUGGAUGCCUAUUAAAACUACAGGAGCUCUGCCUUCAGCGAGAUACGGUCAUUCAUUAGCUGUGGUCGGGGAGCAGAUAUUUCUGUUUGGUGGAUGUUCAGAGGACGGGUCUCAAGCCAAAGACAUGUGUGCACUGAAUACAGAGACUCUGGUGUGGGAACAGUGUAAGGUAAAAGGAGAGGCUCCUGUUGUUUGUGCCGGUCAAACCUUUACAUCACACCAUGACAAGGAUAUUUACUUAUUCGGAGGAACCAUCACUAAUCCAGACGGAGUGGUAUCAUCAACAAAUGAAAUUCACAAAUUAAGCAUCGGAAAGAUGAAAUGGAAAGUACCACUGUAUGUCGGCAUCCCUCCCUCCAGACGUCACAGACACACAGCUUUCAUCGUCCACAGUCAUCUUUAUGUGUUUGGAGGCAAAAAUGAGGAACAAGAUUUUAAUGACUUGAAAAUAAUGAAAUUAAUAAACCCCUCAGAGAGACAGCCAGUGAUGAAGGAGAUCUUGUCAGAGUUUGGACUGCAGGGGGCCAGUAACAGCUUCGCCCCGACAAAGAUUCCCAACGUGAAAUACGAGCUGAGUCAGUCUCCAGUGACCGUGAAGAGCUACAGAAGUGAAAACAUUCAGGUGAGCGUUCAUAGAGAUUUCAGCGCCGUUCGUGACGAGGCCAUGAACAUGAUCCACAAAGCUUUCGCCAUGUUAGAUGAGGAAUUCCAAAAACUAGACCGAGAAAAGGAAGCACUUGCACGGGACGCGGAGGCUCUACAGAAAGAGCGCGAGGCUCAAAACCAGCAUCUGCUGAGACAGAAACAGGAGCUUGAGGAUAUGCUGGAGAGACACCGGAGUCAGAACGAGGCCUGGCUGCGUGCGCGAGCGGACGAGAACGACAGGGAGAGGAAGGAGCUGUGGAAACUGAGGAAAAACAUCUGACAUGUUAAUAAUCUAAAAAAAGCCUUUCUACAUGAGCUCUUCACACUGAACUCUGGCAAACGUCUCAUUUCAUGCGUGGAGUGAGUGAUGGCUGUUCGUCAUUUCAACAUGCGGGUCUUUAUUCAUUGAUUGGAUGUGGAUCUUCCAGGAGGAGGUGCUCCAGGAGCAGGAGAAGCUGAAAGAGGAGCAGUGCAACAUCCAGAAACGCAGCGAGCAGCUCCUGUCCAUAAUGCAGCAGUUCAAAGGCAUGUGAAGACACUGUCUCCAUGGCAACCGCAGAGAGACGGCGUCAUCAUUGAUGCCACUCCCUUACUGAGAAAUAUCUGUCUGAUGAUGCUUUGGUUAUUUCAGAGUGUGUGUGUGUGUGUGUGUGUGUGUGUGUGUGUGUGUGUGUGUGUGUGUGUGUGUGAAUUAGAUUACCUCAUCACCAGUGAUACCUGUAGAGCACAGGAUGAUUUGUGACGCAUGUGAAAAGAUUUUUCUGAAACAUGAAGUAAACCAAGGUUUACCACC